ACUCCAUAAGGGAGAGAAGCCUUUGGGGACAAUCACAAGUGGUAUUUGGAAUUCAAGAUCUUGAGUUCAUGUGUUUGACCAGACUGCAGUGUCAUCAUGUCCAUCGUGGUCAGCAAGUGGUCAGUGGUGAUGGGGCUCAUGCUGGUGGCCAUUGUUCCUGUGACUCACCAAUCAGUAAAUGGAGGCACCAACUGCGCAACUUGCAGUGUGAUCGUAGCUUUAGUGGAACAGUACAGCGAGUUCCACAACACUAGCAUCGUCACAACCCUGGAGAAACUCUGCUCAUUUCUACCGACUGAGAUCAAGCCUUUGUGUAAUCUAGCAGUUAAGACACUCGGCCCUGCUUUGAUACAGCUUAUCGUGGAUGGAGCUGAUCCAGAUGUGGCUUGCCAUGCUCUGAAGUUCUGUCACACUGAUCCAGGUCAACCAACCUGCCAUUCAAUGUUACCGCCGUCUGCCGCUAGUUUAAAUGAAUGGCAAUUUCAACAAAGAGUGGAUGCAGCUAGACAGUCAAUCAUUCCAUUGUUACAAAAGCAGUCCAACUUCAAGUUGGGUGUUGAUAUUUGUGAUGUUCCUGGGAUUAAAGAAAUAUGUGACUGGAUAAAAAAAACUGUAGCCAAUCAGAUCCCAGCAGUUGAUUUGGACAAAGACGGUUUUAGUACGUACUAUAGUUUGCGUGGUACUGCCUGGAGAGGAAAAGAUUGUUCUGAUGAUUUCAACUACGUCUAUCCCGGAGUUAUACCAAAAGAUGGAGAUGACAUCAUGGAUUCUAAUUGUAAUGGUAUAUAUGGAGUCAAUCUAACAAGCAAAAAAACAUAUGAAGAUGAACUGUGCGCAAACUAUCAGCCCAGAGGUGUUGCCGUCUUGGGGGACUCUGUAGGUGCCCAUUUUCAUCUCCCUCCACAGUGGUUUGAUGCAACAAUUAUAUCUGAGAAAGCAUUCACAAAUGCAGUUAUGAUCAUAGAGAAUGAAAUUGAUUGGCCAAUGAUGUCAACUACUACUGGUUAUGGUACUAAUGAAUGGCCUGAUGUUAUAACUGGUCCAGUGGACUCCGUCUACCUAAGACUCAGACAGAGAAACAGGUGUAACCACAGAGACUACCAGAAUAUAGCAGCCAAUGGUGAAGAUUCAAAUUCUGUGAAUAGCAUUGUUAAAACGUUGUCCAGAAAUGCACAAAACGAUCGACCUAUGGUUGUGUUUUAUGCAUUGGUUGGUAAUGAUGUCUGCAAUGGACAUCCAGACACGUUUGAUCACAUGACUACACCAGCAGAAAUGUAUAACAACACAAUGCUGACUUUGGAUUACCUGGCCAAAGUCUUACCUAACAAUAGUCAUGUGGUUCUAAUUGGUCUAGCAGACGGCAGAGUUCUGUUUGAUAAUAUGGGCCCAAGGAUUCACCCAACUUCUACAUACUGGGGAACAUUUACUUAUGGAAAAUUUUAUGAUUACAUGAAUUGUUUACAAAUCUCUCCAUGCAUGGGGUGGAUGAACACUAAUCAAACCAUGAGAGAUCUGACAACUAAGAGAGCCCAAGAACUGUCAGCAGUUCUGUCCAGUAUCUCACAAACACAGAAAGGACGUUACUCCAAUUUUGAUUUAUAUUAUCUGGACAAUCCAAUUAAUCAAGCCAUCAAAAAGUGGGUGGCUCAAGGUGGGCAAGCUUGGCAAUUAAUAGAGCCUGUGGAUGGUUUCCAUGACAACCAGAUGGGUCAAGCCUUUGUAGCUGGCGUUAUCUGGGAUGAUCUAAUGGCCAUGUCUCCAGAUAUAUUUGGCCCAGUAAAUCCCAACAAUGACCAGAUUGGGAAUCUUUUUGGUGACCAGGGUGGCUACUGAUGUCUGAAUCUUUUAAGUCAUUUUACAUGAGUCUUUCAAACAUAAAAUCUUCAUUGCACAGAGUGAUUCAUAUAAUGUGAGAAACUCUUUUGUGUGUGACAGUACAUUCAGUCGUAGAUUUCAACUCACAAAGUGUUUCCAAGUCAUUCUAUUUAUAGACCAAGUCUUUCAAAACAAGUUGCUUAUAGUGAAUAAACAUCUUGUGUUGUUUUUUUUUAAUGCAGAAUAUGUCGACUCUGUAUAUAUGCAUGAAUGUAUGUAAUGUUGGAAUACAUAUUGUAAAUAAAAUAUCUUUGAAAUGACAAAAA